AUGCGCGCCGCGAUCGCGCCCGCCGCGCCCGCCGCGCGCGUCCGCGCGUCCUCCUCCGCCUCCGCGCGUCCUCGCGAUCGUCCGCCCUCGAUCGCCGCGGCGACGCGACGCCACCGUCAUCGCGUCGUCCGCGCGUCCGCGCGCGACGCCGACGCCGACGCCGCGCCGUCGCCGCCGUCGUCGUCGCGCCGCGAGGCGCUCGUCUCCGCGAUCACGCUCGCGCUCGCGACGACGACGCGCGCGUUCCCCGCGCGCGCGGACGACGACGCGUUCGCGGCGGACGCGUCGACCUCGAUCGAAGAAGACCCGAUCGCGCCCGCGGACGCCGACCCCCCAAAACGACCCGCCGCGUCGUCCGCCGCGCCCCCGGUGCGAUACAAGGGCGAUAACUGGUCCGUCGUCGUCCCCGGCGCGUACGCGAGGAAAGCCACGGAGAAACCGCGGCGGAUAUACGAGCAGCGCAUCGCGGACUGCGAACCCAACUGCCGAGACCUCCAAGCGAAGCGCACGGAUGAGACGCCGCUCGUGGCGCGGUUCGGAAGCGACGACGGCGGCGAGGACGUCAGCGUCUCCGUCCGCGGCGCGAACACGCUCAAGCUGACGUUCUUGCAGAUCAAGGACGUGAGGGAGUUUGGGGAGGCGCGCGAGGCGGCGCCGCUGUUUAUUCCCCCGGGGGCGAAGUUGUUGGACGCGAGCGCGAGGAUCGAGACGUCGCCAUCGGGCGUCGAGAAGGGGUAUUACACGUACGACUUCGAGUACGGCGAGGGGCGCGUGCUGCUCACCGCGGCGGUGGAGCUCGGGAACGUCUACCUGCUCGGCGCCACCGCCGGCGGGGCGGAGGCGUGGAGUCGCGCGGAGAGCGGGUUCAGGCGCGCCGCGAAGUCGUUCAAGGUUGGCGCGGAGGAUAACCUUAAUAAGGAGAGAGCGGGCGCGGGCGCGGGCGCGGGGGACGAAAACGGCGCGAUCGAGCUUCCGGGCGGGACGAGAGCCCCGGGGGAGGACCUCAACUGCCGAGGGCCGCUGCCGAUCUUCUGUUCCGUGGAGCCGAGCUCGUGAGCGAGCGGGCGCUAAAUCUUCGUAAGGGUAUUAUAAGGAUAUUAUCAUCAGAGCU